AUGACUGACAAGAGGACAGUGAUCAUUUGUGCGUUGAUGGGCAGCUCGCUCCUGGUGUUGUCCGAAGAUGUAAUCGAAACCACUUUUAGGAAGAGGCAGAAUCUCCUACAGAGAGAGCUGGACGCGAUGGUAGGGAGUGACAUAGUUCUAAGUGAUAGUGAACAGAAGGUUAACGAGAUCAUAAUGGACCUAAAACUGAGCGAAUUAGACUUCGGCUUCAACAACCCGCAGCAUUUCAAUUAUUCAAAGCAUUUCUUCGAUUAUAAGGAGGACGUGAGAGAGUCAAGCCUGUUUAAAUUGAUUCGACAGAUGCCCAAAGGUGCAGUAUUACACGCGCACGACACAGCAAUGCUAAACGCUGAAUACGUGCUAAAAUUGACGUACUGGGAUAAUUUGUACGUUUGCUUCAUAGGGAAAAAUUCUCAAUUCCUUUUUUCCGAAGAUCUUCCGACGUCUUUCUGCAGAACCGAAUGGCAAUUAGUUAAAGAUGUUAGAAAUAACUCGGGAAACGUUGAAAAAUUUGACGAGGAUCUAAAGAAACAAUUUACUUUAGUAAUCGAUAAACCCAAAGAAGCAUAUUCCGAUAUUAACGUGGUUUGGGACAAAUUUCAAAAUUACUUCAUCAACACCAUGGGGUUGUUUACAUACAAGCCUGUAUGGGAACACUAUUUCUAUGAUACACUGAAAGCUUUGAGGGAUGAUAAUGUAAUGUACCUGGAAAUACGUAGUGUGUUGCCUUCAUUGUAUGACUUACAGGGAAAUGUGUUCGAUUCCAUAGCCACCGCAGAGUCCUACAAGACUGUCCUGGAUAUAUUUAUGAAAGAUUUCCCGGAUUUCUACGGGGCCAAACUAAUUUAUGCGCCGCUGAGACAAGUCGAUAGUAAAACGGUAAAAGAGUAUUUAAGAACUGCAAAACUUAUUAAGAAACAAAUGCCAGACUUCCUGGCUGGCUUCGACCUUGUUGGACAGGAGGACUUAGGGGCGCCGACGAAAGACUUCCUGCCCGAAUUGAUGGAAGCCUCGACUGAGAUCAGCUAUUUCUUCCACGCUGGAGAGACUAAUUGGUACGGAACAACGUCCGACGAAAACCUGGCAGACGCGAUAGUGCUAGGAGCCCGGCGGAUCGGACACGCGUACGCGAUAAUCAAGCAUCCAUUGCUUAUGGAGGAAGUGAAGAAGAACGGCAUCGCUUUAGAGGUGAACGUGAUUUCGAAUGCGGUUCUCAAGCUUGUUGACGACUUGAGGAAUCACCCGCUGGCGUCGUUCUUGGCUCACGGGUUGCCAGUGGUGAUAUCGAGUGACGACCCCGGACUUUGGGACGCGGAGCCUUUGUCCCAUGACUUUUACGUAACUUUCCUCGGUGUUGCCAGCAGGCGCGCUGAUCUGAGGCUCCUGAAGAAGCUAGCGCUGAAUUCCCUCUACUACAGCGCCAUCUCGAACAAGGACAAAGUUGUACACGAGUUCAAUAUACGCUGGACUAAGUUUAUAGACGCAAUCGUCAGGGAUAAGUGG